CCCCUGCCGGGCGGAAAUCGGCCAAGUUCAAAUUCCCGCAGCAAUUCCAGCCGGGAAUGAGCCGGGAAGAGCCGCGGGGAUGGCGCGGACCUGCCGCGAUUCCCACUUUUAUUAUUACGGCGUCAAAUUCGCGCUCUCCGCCUACGCCACGCUCUUCUCGAUGCUGGGGCUGCUGAUCCUGGGCGUGGGGAUCUACGCCGAGGCGGAGCGGCAGCGCCACAGGACCCUGGAAGGGAUUUUCCUGGCUCCGGCCGUGCUGCUGCUCCUGCUGGGAAUCACCGUGUUCCUCGUGUCCUUCGUGGGAAUGCUCGGCAGCCUCCGCGACAACCGCACCCUGCUCCGGGCGGAUUAAUCCCGGGAACAAAAGCAAUCAGGGAAAGAGGCACUGGAGGAGCUCUUGGAGCUGAGCUGGGCCUGGCAGCUGCAGCUUUUGGGGUUUUUAUGGAAAAAAACUCGGAAAUUGUGUUUAAAAGGAUCAGAUUUGUGUUUUAAAUUAUCUGGGAUUGUCUUUAAAAGGAUCUGGGUUUGCCUUUAAAAGGAUUUGG